AUGGUUACUUUUACUAUCAGUAUAUUCUUAUUCAUUCUAUUCAUUCCCAUCUAUCUCACAUUCAUUCCUCUAUCUCUAUUCCCAUUCAUUCAUUCAUCUAUCUCUGGUUGUCUGGGGAUUCAUCUAUCUAUCUAUCUAUCCCAGUCUGUUUUCAUUAUAAUUCAUCUAUCUAUCUAUCUCAGUCUUUUUUCUAUCUGUCAUCUAUUUAUCUAUCUCUCUAUCUCAGUCUUUUCCUAUCUAUCUAUCUAUUUAUCUAUCUCUCUAUCUCAGUCUUUUCCUAUCUAUCUAUCUAUUUAUCUAUCUCUCUAUCUCAGUCUUUUCCUAUCGGAAACUCUAUUUAUCUAUCUCUAUCUCAGUCUUUUCCUAUCUAUCUAUCUAUUUAUCCCUUUCUCUCUAUCUCAGUCUUUCCUAUCUAUCUAUUUAUCUAUCUAUCAGUCUUUUCCGUUGAAUAUCUAUCUCUUGCAGUCUUUUCCCAUUCAUCUAUCUCAGUCUUUUUCCUUUUCUAACUAUCUAUCUAUCUAUCUCAGUCUUUUCCCUAUCUAUCUAUCUAUCUCAGUCUUUUCCUAUCUAACCAUUCAUCUAUCUAUCUAUCUCAGUCUUUUUCCCUAUCUAACCAUUCAUCUAUCUAUCUAUCUAUCUCUAGUCUUUUCCAUCUAUCUAUCUAUCUAUCUAUCUAUCUAUCUCAGUCUUUUCCCUAUCUAUCUCCAUCUAUCUAUUCAUCUAUCUAUCUAUCUCUUUUCCAUUCAUCUAUCUAUCUAUCUAUCUCAGUCUUUUCCCCAUCAUUCUAUCUAUCUAUCUAUCUCAGUCUUUUCCCAUCUAUCUUAUCUAUCUAUCUAUCUAUCUCAUUCUUUCCUAUCCAUCUAUCUCAUCUAUCCUAUCUCAGUCUUUUUCCUAUCUAUCUCAUCUAUUCCCUCAUUCAUUCAUCUAUUCAUUUAUCUAUCAUUCUAUCUAUCUAUCUAUCUCAGUCUUUUUCCUAUCUAUCUAUCUAUCUCAGUCUUUUCCUAUCUAUCUAUCUAUCUAUCCAUCUAUCUGUGUGUGUGUGUAUUUUAG